AUGAGGAAUCGCUCAGUGGUAACUGAGUUUAUCCUGCUGGGUAUCCCACACACGGAAGGUCUGGAGAACAUGCUUUUUGCCCUGUUUUUGUCCUUCUACGUCUUCACACUGAUGGGGAACUUGCUCAUCCUACUUGCAAUUGUCUCCUCCACUCGACUUCACACUCCCAUGUACUUCUUUUUGUGUAAGUUAUCUGUUUUUGACAUAUUUUUUCCUUCGGUGAGCUCCCCCAAGAUGAUGUUCUACCUCUCAGGGAGCAGCCGCUCUAUUUCCUACGCAGGCUGUGUGUCCCAGCUGUUCUUUUACCACUUCCUGGGCUGCACUGAAUGUUUCCUCUACACGGUGAUGGCUUAUGACCGCUUUGUGGCCAUAUGUUACCCUCUACGCUAUACAGUCAUCAUGAGCCAUAGAGUGUGUGCCAUUCUUGCCACAGGGACUUCGGUAUGCGGCUGUAUUCAGGCCAUCUUUCUAACUGCUCUGACCUUCCGGUUGCCGUAUUGUGGUCCCAAUGAGGUCGAUUAUUACUUUUGUGAUAUCCCGGUGAUGCUGAAGCUAGCCUGUGAAGAUACAUCAAACCUGGAGAUGGUGCAGUUCAUCUGUGUGGGUCUCAUGCCCCUCAGCUGCUUCCUUCUCAUUCUCACCUCCUACAGUCGCAUUGUCUACUCCAUCUUGCAAAUCCGCUCUGCACAGGGUCGACGCCGUGCCUUCUCCACCUGCAGCGCCCACCUCACUGCCAUUCUUCUGUUUUAUAUGCCAGUGGUACUCAUCUAUUUACAGCCCACACCCAAGCCCUGGCUAAAUGCAACUGUUCAGGUCUUGAACAACCUGGUCACCCCCAUGCUGAAUCCCUUGAUCUACAGUCUUCGGAAUAAGGAGGUGAAAUCAUCUCUAAGGAAGGUCCUACAUCAGCUUGGUUUCUUUCCCGAGCAGAUGUAG